AAAUAUCCCUUCAAACAAACAAACAAAAAAAAACCAAGGAGCAACUUAACUUCCUGACUAUCUUCCCAGUGUUUCGGCUAACUGUCCAUUCAUCUUCAAACCAUCAUGAGCCCUAAGAAGCGCAGGUCACAGAUCGCGUUCGAUGAGAAGAGUAAUAUGAAAAUUGAGCACUAUUUCUCUCAGGUCAAUAAAAACCACGAGAAUAAUUCCAGUAUUCCUCAAAUGAAGAUGGGCUCUAAAAAAGGUCCAAAAGAUAUAACUAACACCCAGGCUCAAGGACCCAAAGACCAGACCAUGCCCCCAAACAAGACAAUUUACAUCACCUUGGCUGUGAACCACAGGAAACACGUGCUCACACAUAGUGAAGGGGUUAGCUUAUACGCAGCACUCAACACUCUAAAGGCUGUCAAGAAGGAACUAAAAACUCAGCAGGGCAAAGAAAUGCUGGUGCUUGGCACGGAAGGAAUUGAAGGCUACAUCAAUCUUGGAAUGCCCCUCAGUUGCUUUCCUGAAAGCUGCCACGUGCUAAUCACAUUUGCCCAGAGUAGAAGUAGGCAGAAAGAAGGGAGCCAGGUAUUUGGCCGGCAUGACAAGGUGUCCCCUGACUGUGUCAAAUUUUAUAUUCAUGCAAUUGGGAAGAGAAAGAAAAAGAUAGUUAAGCGCGGGCAUCUUCACAAAGAAGGGUGCAAACUCUGCGUCUACGCUUUCAAAGGAGAAACCAUCAAGGACGCUGUGUGCAAGGACGGAAGGUUUCUCCCCUUUCUGGAGAAGGAGGACUGGAGACUCAUCAAAAACCUGGACUCCAUUCUAGAAAGCGCACAGACUGUUGACAACCUGGAAGGCGAGCUCUUUGAGGUGGAAGUUGAGAAAACCAGGGGCUCUGGAGCCGGAGCUGCUCAGAAUUUGGAGUCAGAGGAAAGAAACACCUGUGUGUUGAGAGAAGAAAUUGUAGCUCAGUACCCCAGUUUGAAGAAAGAAAGUGAAAAACUCAGAGACAACUUCAAGAAGAAACUGGGAAAUAAAAAGAACAAAGCUUCAUUAUUUAAAUUGCAUGAAGUAAAGUUUGGGAAACUGACAAAAAACUCUACCCCCGUAAAAAUGCACAAACUUCUUUCUCAUCUCAGUGACUCAGUUGGGUACCUGUCAUGGGACAACAAUGGAAAUAGGGGUUCUGCCACCUGCUUUGUUUUUAAUAGGCUGUUCAUUUUAACUUGUCGGCACACAGUAAAUGACAUUGUGGGAAAAGGAAUAGACCCAAGUAAGUGGGCAGACAUAAUUGGUCAGUGCGUAAGGGUGACGUUUAGUUAUGAAGGGCCCCCCGAGAAAGAAGAGAACUGCUUUUUCGUUGAGCCUUGGUUUAAGGUAUCUGAUGCAACUCUCGAUUAUGCCAUUCUGCAACUGAAGGCAAAUGGACAACAAGUACCUUUGGGACUCUAUCACAGAAUUGCUCCUGCACCACUUAGUGGGCUGAUAUAUAUCAUUGGCCACCCGUAUGGAGAGGCAAAGUCGAGUGAUGCUUGCACUGUGAUCCCUCUGGAGCAGCGAGUAGGGAAAUUUCAGGAACAUCCUCAGGCUAGAGAGGGAGAGGGUAGCCGUGAUGAUAUGCAAUAUAUCCAUAUGUACACUCAAAGAAGCUUCCAGGACAUCGCUCAUGAUCCUGAUGUGAUUACCUAUGACACCUCUUUUUACUUUGGGGCUUCUGGCUCCCCAGUGUUUGAUGCAAAAGGUUCAUUGGUAGCCAUGCAUACUGCUGGCUUCGCUUAUAUGUACCAAAUUGGGUUAUCUCAUGUCGUUGAGUUUGGGUGUACUAUGGAAUCCAUCCUCCUUCAUAUGAAGCAAAACCAUGGAUGGUGGUUUACAGAAGAAUGUAUAAAUCAGCAGGAUGUGGAAAUGGUGAGUGAUGAGGAUUGAGGAUGGUGAGAAUUCAGUUUAUUUCCUCGCUUCAGUGGAGUUGUUAUUCCAUAGGCAAUGGUGAUCAUUUCCUAAAUUCCAAAAUGGUUACUUCUGUUAUGAAAAAUUACUAUUAUAGAGCACUUCCCAUGCACCACUUCUCUAAACACAUGAAGACUAUAAUCCUAACAAGUGGGCUGUUAACCUGUUUUUAAAGUCGAGCAAUGGGAAGAAUGAUGGGAUUGUGACACGUAACACUGGUGUCAAGUGUGUGUGUGUGUGUGUGUGUUUUCCCUAUCUUCUGUGUCUUCCCCUAAGUUCAAGUGCUUGAAGGCAGGAUCUAACACUUGUUCAUCUCUUUAUCUGCGGUGUCUGGAAGAUGGAAAGCAAGUGCUUAGAAAAUGUGUGGGUCAAUCAGUAGCACAAUGUAGGGCUGCAGUUAAUCUUAAUUGAGGAACUAAAUGCUUGGUUGGAAAUAAUCUCACACAAAAUCUUUAGAAUUCCCAAAUCUUCAUAUUACAAAAACCCAGGAUAUAUGUGUUCUGAAAUGCAGAGGGUAAUACCACUCUUCCUAUAUUUAUCAGGCUAUUAGGGCAAAGAGAAUGUCUUAAAGAUCAUAUCACUGUGAUCUUAAUGCCCUUAGUUUUUACCUUUUUCGUUCUAGGAUCGCAAGCAGCAUAGCACAUUACAUUUAGUUGUAUGUCUCCUUAGGCUCCUCUUGCCUGUUCUCAGACUUUGACUAGUGACCUUGACAGUUAAGAAGAGUACUGGUCAGGUAUUUUGUGGGAUGUCCUUCUGUUGCAAUUUGUCUGAUGAUUACACUGGGGUUGUGGGGUUUGGAGACUGGAGGGGCAAAGUGCCUUUUCACCACAUCAUAUCAAGGGUACAUAUCCCUUUGACAUAUCCUCAUUGGUGUGUUGUU